UUCUGCUUAUUUAUUUUGAAUGACGAAUAGUCAAUAACACUGAUUCAUCAAUUCCACCUUACAAUUGUAUAGUGAUUAUAAUAAUAUUAGUUUAGUUCUAUGAAAAGCCUUUUGAAUUUAAACAUUUUAAUUUCGUAUACUGUAAAUUUGUAAAAGUCGAUUAGCGAGUGAAAAAAGCUGAAAAAAAAAAGACUCAUAAAAUUUAGCGAUAACAGUGAAGAUAACAGGUAUUCAAAAUUACAGAUACAUCUUUCAACAUGAGAAUAGUUAUACAGAAAGUGAAGAAGGCUUCAGUGACAGUGGAUGAAAAAGUGAUAUCAGAGAUAGGUAAAGGAUUAAUGAUCUUAGUUGGUAUCUCAACUAAAGAUACGUUAGAAGAUAUAACCAAAAUGUCGAACAAGCUCCUUAGUUUAAGGAUAUUCGAAGAUUUAGACCAUCCCCCUCAAACUAAAACCAAAUGGUAUGGUAAGCCAUGGUCAAAGAGUAUAAUUGAUGUUCAAGGUGAAAUAUUAAGUGUUAGUCAAUUUACUUUAUAUGGAACGAUCAAGAAAGGUACCAAACCUGAUUUUCAUAAAGCUGCCAAAGGUGAUGUUGCCAAAGGAUUAUAUGAUACAUUCUUGCAACAAUUGCGUACUGGAUUGGAUAAAAGUACUGAAUCAGAAGAAAGUAAAGUCAAAGAUGGUGAAUUCGGAGCCAUGAUGGAUGUUGAAUUGAUCAAUGAUGGUCCUGUAACUAUCGUAUGGGAUACAAAUGAUCCAACCUUGUAAAUAGAGGAUAUUACAUUUGAUAGAUCUACUUUAAAAUAAUAUAGAAUUAAAACAC